CUCCAUGCGGCAGUUAGAGGAGAACAACUUCCUCCGACUACAGUCUGUCUGUUUGUGACAUUAGAUGACUCGACGGCUAAGAUGAAGUUGGGUUGUUCGGCUGCCAUCGGCGGGCUCUAGGGACUCGCAGAAGGGUGAAAGUAAAGCGAGAGGGCGGCUAAGAAGCCAUUAAAAAAAGCAUAAGAAUACGAACAAGAAUGCCUGUCAGGGUCGGCGGAGGUGAUGGACGGGCAGCUGGGAGCUUCUUUCUCCCGCUCGCAGCUUCGGUCUUCUUCGUGUUGCUGGUCGAAGUCGCUGCUAUCCCCGAGGAACCAAACUCCGUCAAGGAACAGGCUCCCGUCGAGAAAGCACCCAGUGCCCCUUCCUUGCUGCUAGUGGUGAAGGAAGAUGACUCCGGCAAAGGAAACCUGGGAUUCAUCCACGCCUUCGUUGCCUCCAUCUCUGUCAUCAUCGUGUCCGAGUUGGGCGACAAAACCUUCUUCAUCGCUGCCAUCAUGGCCAUGCGGUACAACCGGCUCACCGUGCUGGCCGGCGCCAUGCUGGCCCUGGGCCUCAUGACAUGCUUGUCAGUGCUGUUCGGCUACGCCACCACUAUCAUCCCCAGACUCUACACCUACUAUGUAUCCACCGGCCUUUUUGCCAUCUUCGGCGUGCGCAUGCUGCGCGAGGGCCUGAAGAUGAGUCCCGAUGAGGGCCAGGAGGAGCUGGAGGAGGUGCAGGCUGAGAUAAAAAAGAAGGACGAAGAGUUACAACGUUCCAAAAUGGGCAACGGCGUGCCAGACGUGGAGGCGGGAUCUGGCUCGUUAUCGCCACCGUCGUCGUCCAGGUGGCACAGCGUCAUCUCGCCCAUCUUCAUCCAAGCGCUGACCCUCACCUUCCUCGCAGAGUGGGGAGACCGCUCCCAGCUCACCACCAUCAUCCUGGCUGCCCGUGAGGAUCCGUUUGGUGUGGCUGUGGGCGGCACGCUGGGACACUGCUUGUGUACGGGCCUGGCCGUGAUUGGAGGCCGGAUGAUUGCCCAGAAAAUAUCCGUCAGAACAGUCACAAUCAUUGGCGGAAUCGUCUUCCUGGCGUUUGCCCUCUCCGCCCUCUUCAUCAAGCCUGAUGGUGGACUGUGAGAGUGUCGCUGAAGGACUCUUUUGAGUGUACAUACUGUAUUUGAUAGUCGCUGUAAGAGAUUGUACCAUGUUGGCUGCGUGUCGGUAAGCCCAGGGUCUCCUCCACUGCAGCCUGUCUAGCUCCAAGGCAUUAUGGUAGGUGUAGUUUGAAGACGACAAGGAUGUUACUGAACUUGAAGAUGCACAGUUAUUUCCUCACAACCUUUUAUUUUGAAUUGAUUUUCUUUUUUUAAAAUGUGUUACUCAACAUGCGGCAAUUGCUUCUUUGGUGAUCUUUUAAUUCAGGAAUACAUGUAAUCCAUUUCCUUUAUUGAUACUGUAUGUUGUUCUUUUUUCUUUUUUUUUUUUUCUGAUGUAUUGGGGUGCAAAGCCUUUAUGGUCGCUGUCACUCCACAAUGUAUUUUCUCUACAAUCUAUUUAUUUAGUUUCAUGUUCCAGAAAUAGGUGGCCAGGAAAUAUUUUUGUAAAUGUUUGACAAGUCUGGUGUGAACUAUGUAAUACGCCGCAAUAAAUUAAGCAUUCGAUUGAAUGCCUUUUAAAAUCGAAUUGCUCAUUAAAAAAAGUUUUCCUCUGAGUGAGCCAAAGAAAUUGUUACACUUUGACCUGACAAAAUCACCACCCCAACUAGAAAUUCUGUAGAAAUUGCGUGUGGAUGCCUAAGAGCUGUCUCCAUUAUUUUGAAAUGUUAUCAUGGGAAAUUGAAUUUGAAAAUUGAAAAAUAAUAACAGUACUAAUAAUAAUAAGAAGAAGAAUAAUUAUAAAGUGGCGUAUUAGUAGUUGACUAUUUAAAAGUUAGAAUGGUAUGAAUCUCUUGAGAAAUUGUGAUUCGUGUCCAUGUGGGAAUAACUAUGGUACUCUUUAAAAAGUAUAAAUUUGGGUCAUUAAGAUGGUUUGACUCAGUUGAGAAAUGUGUAAUGUAAUUUGGUAAAUUUUUAAUGGAAGCUAUUGAAUUCCUCAAAAAUGUUUUUUUAAAAGGAAGAUUAGAAAUGGUAAAAAGAAAAUGGUGAUUUUUUUUUUUAU